AUGGAUUAAAAAGAAUGUAAUAUCAAAGGUGUUUCUAAAAAUGAAAUGUUAAUAUAGGAGUCUAAUAACUAGAAAAAAUUUCUUAAGAUAUUGUUUAAAUCUUAUGAGCUGCUUUUUUAAGUACCUGAAGUGUAUAAUUUGAGAAACUCUUCAAUUGUAGAUUUAAGUAUCAUAUAUUUAAUAUUAAUAGUUGAAUCUAUAAAUUGA